AUGCAUGCGCGCGUCCCGCGGUUGGGUGCCUUGCGGUUUUUCAUCGCGGCUGUCGUGCUGCCACGCUACUGUAGUGGUGAGAUGCAGGCCCCGCUGCACGCUGGGGCAAGUCAAUUAGAGCUGCUGCUGCUGCACCCUUGCGCCGCUUCACUACUUUGCCCACGGCUGGGGCCUCAGGCUCAGCGCCGCACCAGCCGAGCCAUCUGGGCCUGCGGAAAGGAAGCAGACGGCUCGGAUUCGCCUGGAAAUGUAGCGCCACUCCGCCAGCAUCGGGCGCCGGCAGCUGCUGAGGAAUGCCAUCAGUCACCCAACCCGGGCCGAACAGAUUCGCCCUACAGCCUCUCACUUCCGCCGACCGAAAGCAGCGCGCCAACUUUGCGUUCGGCGCGCCCACCAGGCCACAACAUCAACAUGGCACACAGACGCACACCGCAUCUCAAGGGUCCGCCGGCUGACUUUGGCCGCGCUGCCAUGCCAUCCGUCUCUCUCCCCUCUCGUUUUCGUUUCGGCUCGCCCCUGUCCAGCUCUGCUACUGCUCAGCUGCUGCCGCCCUGA